AUGGAUCAAAAGCAAGACACAGCAACGAAAUCGCUCAAAUGGAUCAGCAAUCAGAAAGCCUGUGCUUUCUUUUGCUCAAUGUUGAGCUUAUUUUAUGCAUUAGUGUUGAUUAUUGGAGCAGUGAUUGUCGAAAUUUCACCAACAUGGUCCACAAGAUUACAUCAAGCUGAGUUGAUUUUCUACGUUUGGAUGUAUGGAGUUGGUCUACUUAUCUUUGCUUAUUUUUACCUCAUCUUCAUUCACAUCGAAUGGCUAAGUUUUGCUCAACGAUUGCUUAUGAGAUUAAAUCUUUUAGCUGAAGAGAGUCUGGAACUAACUGCUUGUUCACAUUCAAACAUUGCUGCAAGCAGUCUUUAUUUAAGAUUCGGUGCUUUGGCUUUUGGCUCUUUUGGAAUCGUUCUCCUUUGCUCUGAAAUUGUUACGACUCUUGAUGAAGAUGUCUAUCAGUGUGCAAAGACUUCAGCAAAAUACAUUCUAACAUGCUUAUUCGUUUUUGUUCAAAUGCAUUUCAUUUUCACGAACUCAAAGAUAAUCAUUGAUCGCUCAAAGAUAUUCUGCUAUUUUGGACUGAUGCACAUUGUAGCAGUGAAUGUCUUUUCAGCUAUCCGAUACAGUCUCGUCGAAGCGAUUCAUUAUCACACAAAACACAAAUCCCUACCGAAUAUCUCGAAAGAUCAACCCGCUCAACUACUCGGUCUACAACUUCUCGUCGAUAUUCAUCUAGGAGCUCAAACGUCAACUAUUUUUGUCACAUGUUUGGUUGAGUAUUUCUUGAUCGGCUCGGGUAUGAUGUUUGUGUUAUGGUUGGAAAUUGGAGGGAAAUCGAUUCAGUCAAGACAAAUUCCAGUAAAUCAUCGAAGAAAUAGUAUGAUUGCUGAUUGCAGUCGCUCUACAACUGGCCUCUUUGGUGGGAUUCUGUACAUGUGUUUGGCCGUUGUGGCAAUUGCAAUCAAUAUCAUUUUGGAGCAUCAUGUCCCAAUCAAUCACGAUCCUGAUGAAGAACCAAUUGCAUUUUAUUGGCUUGGAACCGCUCAACUUUUGUUGUAUCUAUGGAUUUUAGUGAUUAUCUUUUAUGGUUUAUGGAGAAUGAGAAAUCUUCAAUAUCGAGCUGAUCCAAGGAGAAAAAGCGGAGAGAUUCUUGAUCGAAUUCUUCUCGUCAUUGGCGUCUUUGGAGAAAUCCUCUUUUGCUUCAUUGCUAUCGAUUUAUGGCUAGAAAACAAAAAAACUGAUGAUGGAUGGAGCCGCUUUCAGCCAAUAUAUUUCCUUUUUGUUUAUAUCUUACGGCUUUCUUCAGCUCUUUCCCAAGCAAUGUUCAUCUUGUUGAGUGGAAGAUUAAUUGCUCGAAAUGAAAAUGAGCAAAAGGUAAAAAGUGGAAAGCAAUCGAUUACAUUUUUGCUUGUGGCUAACAUUUCGCUCUUUAUUUUCACCAUGUAUGAAUCGAUGAGAAGCAAUUUACCGAUCGAACUCUCGAGUCUCGCCUAUCCAUAUCUCAUUUAUGGAAUCAGUCCAUUCACUGUUUUCUAUAGAUUCCACAGCGCUGUCUGUUUGCUAGAGAUCUACCGGAAAACCUACAAUACAAAGUUUUACGAGACGCUCCAAAUGCGGGCUUUCUCUGUCGAUCUUGUCGAUGAUCCAAUUGAAGAACUC